AGUACUUAGAGUUUAAAGUCCUCAGUGCUGGAGUCCAGGUCUUGGACUUGAGUUUUACAGCAGCUCAUCUUAGUGACGAACCAAGUCUCAUGGCUCCAAGAUACUGAGGUAAAACUCAACUAAAGUCCCAGUCAGGUCAUAUUUGGGGUUGAUUCUGAUUCAUCCGAGCACAUGUUCAUAGUGACAACAGCUUCAGUGCCAGAGCACAGCUGUAAGAGUUCUCUGGUCGUUCUACAACACCCCUCACGUACAAACCUCCUAUCUCAAGGUAUCUCCUGUUCCCACCCAUCAUAAAAAGAACACAGUCAGCAAAGUGAAAGGCUCAACCAGGACUAAUGAGGAGCAAUAAUACGACAUCACAAUCCCACUGUCACUGCUGGAGUAGAAGUCAGUGACCACAGAGACGAGCAAUCUCGGAGGAAUAUUCAUCUGCCAGACCAGUGGGAGAGAAGCCUCGAUCAGGCAUCAUGGCAGAACAAAAGGAUCCCGAGAAGAAGGAGAGGAGAGGAACGAGCAAACUGGUGUGUGGUUACCCGCUCAGCAUCUUCUUCAUUGUUGUGAAUGAGUUCUGUGAGAGGUUCUCAUACUAUGGAAUGCGAGCUGUACUCGUGUUGUAUUUCAAAUACUUCCUGCGAUGGGACGAUGACUUGGCCACCUCCAUCUACCACACCUUCGUGGCCCUCUGCUACCUCACCCCCAUCCUCGGGGCCAUCGUGGCCGACUCCUGGCUGGGAAAGUUCAAGACUAUCAUCUAUUUGUCCAUUGUUUAUGCAAUUGGUCAGAUCACAAUGGCUAUCAGUGCAGUCCAUGACAUCACUGACACAGAUAGAGAUGGGACUCCCAACAACAUGACCUUCCACGUUUCCAUGUCCAUGGUGGGCCUCUUUCUAAUUGCUCUUGGUACUGGAGGCAUAAAACCUUGCGUGGCCGCCUUUGGUGGAGACCAGUUCAGUGAUGAUCAGGAAAAGCAAAGGAGAACGUUCUUCUCUGUGUUCUACCUGUGCAUCAAUGGUGGGAGUCUGCUGUCGACCAUUAUUACUCCAAUUCUCAGAGCUCAGGAAUGUGGCAUCUACAGUCAGCAGAAGUGUUACUCCCUGGCCUUUGGUGUCCCUGCAGCAUUAAUGGUGGUCGCACUCGUGGUAUUCAUCGUUGGAAGUGGUAUGUACUACAAGGCUGAGCCACAGGGAAACAUUAUGUUGGACGUGUCCAAAUGCAUCGGGUUUGCGAUUAAAAACCGCUAUAGGCACAGGAGCAAGCAUUACCCAAAGAGGGACCACUGGAUGGACUGGGCCGAGGAGAAAUAUGAUAAACUCCUCAUUGCUCAAAUCAAAAUGGUUCUGAAGGUCCUCUUUUUAUACAUCCCACUGCCAAUGUUUUGGACCCUGUUUGACCAAAAGGGCUCUAGAUGGACUUUACAAGCCACGACCAUGGAUGGAAACUUCGGACUUCUUGUCAUACAACCAGACCAAAUGCAGACACUCAACCCAAUCCUGAUCCUGACUCUGGUGCCCAUCAUGGACAGUCUGAUCUAUCCACUGAUCAAAAAGUGUGGCCUGAACUUCACACCUCUGAAAAGAAUGACAGUGGGGAUGUUUAUGGCGGCUUUAGCCUUUGUCUGUGCUGCUUUGGUUCAGGUUGAAAUCGAUAAAACGCUGCCCAUUUUCCCAACAAGCUCCCAGAGUCAGCUGAAGUUAAUUAACACUGCCAAUGAAUCUGUCACAGUUGACCUGCCUGGACAUGAGCCUCUGACACUUCUUCCAGCUCAGGCCAGCAAUGACUACUACACAUUUCAACCUGGAACAAUCAGUGCUUCCGUUGUGGGAUCUGAAGUGGUGAGACUCACUUUAACUGCCGGGAUGCGACAAACGGUUCUUAUUUCCAGCCAUCAUGGAAAAUGGCCUCUGUCUAUUGAUUUGACUUCUAAACCAGAUGAAGGCAUCAAUGAAAUCCGUUUCAUAAAUGGAAUGAGUAAAGCAGUGAACAUAUCAACGUCUACAAGCAACUUUGGAGUCUUUGAGCCGCUGUCUUUUUACAACUACUCUCAAAUCAGAAAUGGAAAGGUCACAUUUACACUGCAGCAAGGUCCACAGUCAUGUGACUAUAGCACACAAUUUGGAUAUGGAAGUUCAAACACUUUCUUCAUCCGUGGUGAUCUAGUUUUUGGACCCUCUUGUCAGGAUUCUGUCACUAGAAUAGAAGACAUCCAGCCCAAUUCUGUGUCUAUGGCCCUUCAGGUCCCACAGUACUUUUUUAUAACAGUUGGUGAAGUGAUGUUUUCUGUUACUGGCCUGGAAUUUUCAUACUCACAGGCACCCAGCAACAUGAAAGCUGUGCUGCAGGCAGGAUGGUUGUUGACUGUUGCCAUUGGCAACUUCAUUGUCCUGAUUGUGGCUGAGCUUGCAAAGAUUCCCAAAAAGUGGGCGGAGUAUGUUCUCUUUGCCUCUCUCCUGGUUGUAGUGUGUGUCAUCUUCUCCUUCAUGGCCUAUUUCUACACCUACAUCAACCCUGCAGAAAUUGAGGCCAAGUUCAGAAAAAAUGCUGACGAUGAUGAGGAUGAUAAGAGCAAACAAAAGAAGCCAGGCUUUCAGAUGGCUAAGAGACACUCAGAUGAAUCCCAUAUUGAAGACGUUAAAGGCAAACAGACCCGAAUGUGAACACACAGAAUCAACAAGAUUGGCAUUUUUAUAUAUUUCUAUCCAAAGUAUAACAGUCUGAGUCUAGGCAGGAAAUGUAUAGUAAUUCUCUCAGUAUUCCUUUUGUAAAUGUAUGUGUCUAUUUUUUAUUUUAUUUCCAUAUAUAUGUAAGUUUCAUGUUUGUUAGUAAGGCACAUUAAGCUUUUUAAGAAAUUAUUAAAUUUAAGACAAGAAGAAUAAUGAUUUGCUUCUAAUAUUUGUUUAUCGCACAAAACUACCCCAUCACUUUUUUGUGUAAGUUUUAUACCUGUUGACAUUAAAAAUAAAUCCU